UCGACAUGGAGGUGAUCAACUCAUGCCUCGAAAACAACGGUGGCUGCCAACACAUGUGUCGCCACGGCCCAGGUGGUGCCGUGUGCACCUGUCACCCGGGCUACGAGCUGAAGACAGAUGGCCGCACCUGCCAGGAUGAGAACGAGUGCGGAGCGCGGACCCACAGGUGUCAGCAGGAGUGUAUCAACACAGCCGGGGGUUAUGCGUGCGCCUGUACCCAAGGCUUCACGCUGAGCUCUGACACCUUCACUUGUCUGGAUGUCGACGAGUGCUCGAUGGAAAACGGUGGUUGCGAACACGAGUGUCAGAACACCGUUGGCUCCUUCACGUGUUCCUGCCGCAGAGGCUACGUGUUAGUCGACGGUGUUCACUGUGACAUGGUGGGCGGGGACUACGACAUCGACUACUCUGGGCUCAGCAUCCGUGGUGAUCAGGACAUUGGCACUACGACCCUGGAGGACGACUCGCCGAUGCUGAACAGCUCUGGAACUAGGAACAGAGACUUAUGGAACGACGUGACCUACGCCGAGUACAGCAAGAUUACGACACUCCAGACACGAUGCGUUGCAGGAAACUUUGGACCUAACUGCUCCUUAACGUGUGGCGAGUGUCUGGGGGAGUGUGACGCGUCGGGCUGUGUGUGUCCGCCGGGCCGGACUGGCGACCUCUGUGACCUCGACUGUCCAGCAGGUUUCUAUGGGCGUGGCUGUAACGAGGUGUGUCGUUGUGAGAAUGGCGGCACGUGUGACGCGGUGACCGGCAAAUGCACGUGUCCGCCGAGUGUGUCCGGCGACCACUGCGAAGAUGGCUGUCCGGCAGGGUAUUACGGGGUGCAGUGUGACCGGCGCUGCCCCAUGAUGUGCCCCAACAUGCGCUGCAACAAAGUCUUCGGCUUCUGCGAGUGUGACCCUGGACGCUUCGGGCCCAAGUGCAACAUGCCGUGCCCUUCCCUCACGUGGGGCCCAAACUGCCGCCACCAGUGCCUGUGUCAGGCCCGUUCGACGUCACGGUGCCAUCCAGAAAGCGGUGUGUGUGAGUGCAAGCCAGGAUACGUUGGCGAGGACUGUUCCAAGGAGUGCCCUGAGGGUCGCUGGGGCGCAGGGUGUUUGCACGAGUGUCAGUGUGCUAGCGGGGCCACGUGCCACCCCGCUACAGGUGUCUGUGGCCUAGACUGUCCUCCAGGCUUCAUGGGAACGGACUGCAACACACCGUGUGCGGCAGGACACUACGGGCCGGGGUGCUUGAAGACGUGCAUAUGUGGUAUGCGGCCCUGCGACCCCAGCACCGGCGUGUGUCUCUGUCCUGCCGGGAAGAAAGGACCCAACUGUAACCAAGCGUGCUCUGGUGGGGAGUAUGGCCAGAGCUGCCUGAAGAAGUGUGAGUGCAAGAACGGUGCCACGUGCAACCCUGUAACCGGAGAGUGCCACUGUUCUUCAGGAUACGUGGGGCCGACCUGUGAGGCGCGGUGCCCCGCUGGCCGGCACGGUGUCAACUGCAGUGAAACUUGUGGAUGUCUGAAUGGUGCCUCAUGUCACCACGAAACAGGCAGGUGCCAGUGUCUUGCAGGAUUCACAGGUUUCAGCUGCGGUCAGCCGUGCCCUCUGGGACGAUUCGGGGAGGACUGUGUGUCAGUGUGUGACUGCAAUAACAGCGGCGGCUGUGACCGUGUGACUGGGCAGUGUAGCUGCGCCCCAGGAUGGCGGGGCCGUCAGUGCGACAUCCCGUGCGAGGGGGGCCGCUAUGGGGCCGGAUGUGCCAUGAACUGCAGCUGUGCCAAUGGAGCCGAGUGUGACCACAUCUCUGGCGCUUGUGUCUGCAAGCCAGGCUGGCGAGGAACGUUUUGCUCCAGGCCGUGCCCGGACGGCUUCUGGGGCGUGGAGUGUCGCUAUCAGUGUGACUGUGACAAGGGGGCAACCUGCAACCCGGCGACGGGCGUGUGUUCAUGUCCGCCUGGCAAGCACGGCCACCACUGCUCCAAGACCUGUCCGAGUGACCGGUGGGGAAGCGACUGUCAGCAUGUGUGUCUGUGUCACAAUGGAGGGGUCUGUGACCGCGUGUCCGGGGCGUGUGUGUGUCCUGCUGGCUACAUCGGUGCUACAUGUCAAGACAGGUGUCCUAACGGCACCUUCGGCAGUGAAUGUCAGCAUACCUGCCUGUGUCGGCAUGGCGCCAGCUGUCAGCACAACACAGGAGCAUGUGUGUGUCCACCUGGCUACACCGGCACCUACUGCGAGCGAGGGUGCGGGCCAGGGAAGUACGGACCAGGGUGCAGCCUCACGUGCCAGUGUGCGAACGGCGGCGAGUGUGACCCAGUGAGCGGUGCUUGCAAGUGUAUGGCAGGCUGGUGGGGGCCCCACUGCAACAAGUCUUGCCCACUAGGGAAAUGGGGCGCGGGGUGUGAGCGUGUGUGUGACUGCGAGCAGGAGGCGCGUUGCCAACCCAUCACAGGCCAGUGCCAGUGCCCGCCAGGCUUCAUCGGUGACAAGUGUCAGUUCAUCUGUGCCUUGGGUCAGUACGGGGUGGAGUGCAGCAAGGAGUGUCGCUGUGGCCCAUCCCAACCGUGUGAUCACGUGAGUGGAAAGUGCGCGUGUCUCCCAGGCCGUGAGGGACAGCAGUGCCACCAGUAUUGUGCCGAGGGGCUGUGGGGAGAGGGCUGCCGCCAGAAGUGUAAGUGUGCCGGAUCAUCUCUCUGCGACCCCAUGACUGGCGAGUGUUUCUGCCCCGCGGGGCUGAGGGGCAGGAAGUGCCGCAGAGGGUGUCCAAGGGGACGCUAUGGAGUCGACUGUAAACAGAAAUGUCAGUGUAAAAACGGGGGAACAUGUGACCGUGUAACGGGUCAGUGCCAGUGUCGCGACGACUACUAUGGUGCCACGUGCUCCCUCGCCUGUCCUGCCGGCACCUAUGGGCCGGGAUGCAACCAGACGUGUGAGUGUCAGCAUGGCGGGGUGUGUGACUCAAGCGGGGCGUGCAGCUGUCCGGCGGGGUACACGGGGCAGCUCUGUGAGACCACCUGCUCACCGGGCACCUGGGGCCGCCACUGCUCCUCUCAGUGCCACUGCCAAAACGAUGCACUUUGCCAUCCAGCCACCGGGGAGUGUCAGUGUGGCCUGGGAUGGACCGGGCCACACUGCGACCAGGUGUGUGAGUCGGGCAAGUACGGACCAGACUGCCGCAUGGACUGUGCCUGCCACCACAACACCUCCUGUGACCGCUUCUCAGGCUGCUGCGAGUGUGGGUCAGGCCGCUACGGACGCUACUGUGAACUGAACUGCCCCCCAGGGUUCCACGGGGCAUAUUGCACCCGCGUGUGUGAUUGCCGCAACGGUGCCACCUGUGACCCCCAGAAUGGCCAGUGUCGCUGUCUGCCUGGCUUUAUGGGCGACACGUGUAAUGACGUCUGUCCUUCAGGCAUGUUCGGUGCUCACUGCCGCCAGAAGUGCCACUGCGGGCCAUACCCCUGCAAUAAGGAGACAGGGGAAUGCCAGUGUCCGCCAGGCAGAACAGGAACAAAUUGUGCUAUGCCAUGUGGAGAAGGUGUAUAUGGCCACGGGUGCCGGCAGGUGUGUGAGUGCCACCAUGGAGGCAGUUGUCACCCCGCCACAGGACACUGUGCCUGCACACCAGGCUGGCUGGGGCCCACCUGCCGUGAGGAGGACGUCUCGUACGUCACUACAACCGAUCAACGCGGCCGAGCUGACAUUCCGGUGGAGCUGAGCUGAUCACGGAGGCAAUGAGUCCAGCGGCGACUAUGAAUGAUGCUUCAUUCACUUACUGAUCUCUAAGGAGGCGUUGGUAAUCGUUGUGUCUCCUGUGUGUGUGUGUGUGUGUGUGUGUGUGUGUGUGUGUGUGUUAACUAAAUGACUCAGAGAGAUGAAAAUGUUAAUUUUGUACUGGACCUUAAUGUGAUUUCAGAACCGUUUUCUGUGUUAACAUCACGCUCUUAGUUGAUUAACGCCUGCAAUGCUGCAGGUGGUGACGGCAUGUUCAACAUAAUGGAUGAAGAAAGAUUAUUGUAAAGAUUAUGUGCAUGUGAAAACUACUCAAGAAUAUGUUCCAAGAUUGAACAUGACGAGCUUCAUCGUCCAGACGUGACUCAGGAGGCCUUGGUGAAUGUGUCUGGUGACCUUAAUGAGCAUGUAUGCGAGGGUGGCAUUAUCCCGCCCUUUUACAAUGUGAAACAAGCUAUUAUAUGUACAAAUUUGCGGUGAAUAACUGCCUGGAACAUUCUGUUGAGUAUCAGAGUGGACUGAUCAACAAACUGUUAUGCAGCUCCGCAACAAUGAUACUUCUUUUUGUUGUUCGUGCUUCUCGUCAGUUGGAUGGGGGAAGGAUACGGAGAUUAUAGAUAUGUUAUUGUUAUGCAGCACCACAGGAGUGAGGUACUCUAUUGCCAGUGCUUCACAUCAGCUGAUGGGGAACGAUCGGAAGAUUAUAGCUAUGCUCAUUAAUUUAUAUUCACUAUUCCAUUUUAAUUAUAAACCAUGUCAGAGAAGUAAAAUAUUCAGAAGUGACAUGAGGCACGAAAAUUAGAUAUUAUCAUAAUGAGGUUUGAACUUUGAACACACUUUAUUUUGACAGUUGUUCAAUUUAUACCUCUAUUCAAUUUCUCAAAGGAUUUUUCAUGACAUGAGUACUACUUACAAUGGUGAGAAACCAACUAGUGAGCUCACCCCAAUGGAUGCAGGUAAGAGGAAGGUGAGAAGUGUAUUACUAUUUGUAUGAGAUAUUAACAAGAACUGAUUUGAUGUUGCAAUGUACGACCCAUAACAUUUCUUCUUUGGCAAAGGUAUACGAAAAGGAGAGGGAUCAUGAUCAUGAUUUGCAAGACUUAUGAGAGUAACGCAAGUUUCAGUAGCAAAGUAGGAAGAAAUUCAUGCAAUGGGACAAUAAAGAUGUAAUGCUUUAAAAAAAAAAACGUGAUGUCGGUUUGUUAUGUGAACCGACAAAAUUGGAUAGGUGUGUACAUGCACUUUUCAGUUGGUCAGCAACAUAUGUGUGGCCCAUUAAGGGGAGGUUUCCAAUUGGGCUCUUGAAAAAAAUCUUUUCUUUUUUAUUUUUGGCUAUUAAAAUUCUGUGAAUUUUUCUCAUUCUUUUGGUAUAUGAAUGAAUCUGGUGAAAAAAUAAUACAGUGGUAUGCAACAUGCAUCGCAACGUGCUGGAAUGAGUUUUCGCGCGGCGCUACGGGCUGCAAUCCAUUUUUUCACCCAUUUUUUUUUAAUUUUACGAAUUUUUUUUCUUGGUUUGUCAUGAAACUCAUAGGUUUUCUCUCACCACUGGCUAAGAAAAUAAGAAAUUUAACAGUCACUAAUAUUUUUCAUAUCUAUCCGUGAAAAAUCGAUUUAUAUCAUAUUUUUUUCAUAAUUCCAACAAAAUACUCUAUGUAUCCUGUGGAUUUCAGGUCCCUAGGUGUAAUAGGUAAAAUUUAAAAAAAUAUUUAAACUUCAUCACUUAUAUCUCAAAACCAUGAUUUUGCACUUUAGAAAAUAUCUCCUCCUAGGCAUUUACUGUUAUACUAGUUUCAAUGAUUCAGGGUUAUGAAACAAUACAAAAGGAAAAACUGAGAGUCUGCUAGAUUUUCUUUGAAGUUCAUUUUGAUUUUUAGAAAAUAUUUAUCUUUUAUUUUUUUUUCAUCGAACAAAAAAAAAUCCUUUUUUAUUAACAAUAAAGGACUCCACCUUCUUCCCUCAUCCUUCCUGAAUAAAAUGCUUUUUGAAUGAAGCAAAUCGGUUAAGAAAUAAGGGAGAAAAAUUGAAAAGACUACAAGCCAUUUAACAUGGGAAACGCCCAAGUGGAAACAUCCUUUUAAGGGGACACUGAGGUCGAGAUAUUGAAAAAAAUCGAAUUUUUCCGUUUUUUUUAUUCGUCAGAUUUGUACUUUAAAAUCAUUUAAAAACACUCCCAAAGUAUUAUAUUGGAGCGAAAUGGCAUUAUCACGCACUAGCAACUAUUUAAAAAGAAAGAUUCUGAAGGAAAGAAAAGUGUGUGGCACAACAUUUGCCACUAAAAUCGUACUGUAUACCAGUUUUCAGUGAUUUUUGAGGCUGAUUUUGUGCCUUCUGCUACCAGACUUGGCAGGAAAGCUGCACGUGUGGUGGCAACAUCUUAAAUCUAGAGUCAUGGGAACUCUCAGGACAGGAGUGGGUCCCGGGAAGGAAGAAUUUGUUGAGGAAUGUUCAUGGAGGAAAGAAUAGAUGUUCAAUGCUGGUAAAAGUAAACCCCUUUUUAAUGAAGUGGCUUUCCGAUGAACCUCAUCAAUGAAAUAAAGUCAGUUCACAGACAAAGGAGCAAAACUAGAAUAUUUCAGUGGUUCCAACAACACUACCACAUUGUGAAUGACUAGCAACAUAUAGUAGUAAAUAUUGAAAUAUAUACUAGUUGAUUGUGAGUGUUCCUUACCACUUAAUAUUUAUGUUUAAAUGUGUGAAACUUAUCCAAAUCUCAAAAUAAGUAAGGGUAAUACAAGUUUUCCAAACUUUGAAUGGACGUACCUCAAAGCAUGAUAUUUUUACUUUAAAAAUUUGUGAAAUAAAUAUUUACCUAUGACUUGCUGUGUUUAUUGAUAAUGAGGCGACAAAUAGAUUGCCAGGCCAAUUUCUACCAGCAGUGAAUAGAAUAUAUAUCAGAUUGGCGUGACGUCAUGACAACGUAUCGUCAAGCAGCCGCGACAUUUUACAACGUAUGGUGAAUUGUGAAGAAAAAAAAUGUACGUCCAUUUGGAUAACAUUUAAAUUUUCACAUGCAAAUGCACUGUUUUUAAUGACCUGCAGGACAUUUUAAAUUCAUGAUGUCUUGCAGCAUGACACCAUGCAUUUAAAACAUCCAUAGCCUAUGCAUACAGAGUAAAGGAAAACAUUCUUCAAACGUAUCCUGAGUUUCAAGUCAUAUAUGGCAAAACUUUUUUCAUUAUUUUUUUCUUCUCGACCUCAGUAUCCCCUAGAGCAAAUGAGAUUCCGAGUAAGUCCAAUUAUAUAUUUAGUUGACGGGCUGAACAGUAUAUGACGUUAAAACCAACUUGUAUUUAAAUAGUUGUCGGUUUGAAUGUGUGCCUGCAUACUACCUGGCAAAAGUUGCCAAUUGUGAGUUACCAGAGCGCACAUGUCAUGUCAGCCAGCAAUUUCCUUUACUGGUACGUUCAUUCAGUACAACUGCCUGGUAAGCAGUUGAUCAAAAGAUAACUGCACAUGCGCAACUAGACUUACCUAAGAAGUAAAGCUGUGUUAUCAAACUUCGACCUUCGUCAGAACGAGUGUACCUAUAAAAGUAUGUUGGCAAUACGAUUAAACUCUGAUAUGAGAGAUGUAUGACAUUUGUAUAUACCAUUUAAAUUAAUGCUCACCUUAGGAAACAUGCUGUUCUGGAGAAUUAGAUGUAAAAAAAAUUAAAUAUUUUGUCAGA